AACGUCAGGGGCUGGGCACACAGGUGGGCCGGGGAGGCGGAGCUUAGAUGGGCAGGAAGGCGGGGCUGAAAGUUCCUACUCAGUGGAAGCCGAGAAGCAGACCUUGCAUGGGCUCCCAUCACACUUGACCCAGAAUCCAAGCUUCUGACCCAGACACGAUUGCACAUGCCUGUGAGGGAGAGGUGGGCAAGAGAGCACUGUCAGUGUAUAGCCUACCUGCAGGUAAUUCAGACAGCAGAGCCCACUGGAAGACAGCAACAGAGAGAAAAGGCCUUUGGACUUCCAGAGAGAUCUGAGGAGGCACUGGCAUGAAGCAGCAGAGAUGGUACUGGAUGUCAGCGAAGACGGGCACAGUGCUGUCAGGGGCCUUUUCCAUCAUGGCCACCCACAUGCACCUCAUCUUUGAAAGGAAGCACCUUGGGGGCGGCAACUGUACAGAUGUCCUCCAAAGUCAGGGUGUCAACAUGGUGAGACAAUUCUUCAUCUGCUGGAGCUUCAGAAUCGUCAUCCUGCUGUCCGCCAUCACCAUGGCGGUCAGCUGCUUCCUCCUGUACUCUGUGUACGCCCAGAUUUACGGGGGUCUCAUGACCUACACCAUCUGGAUCUUCACCUAUGAGUCCACCAACCUGGCCGUCCAGAUCCUCACCAAUGAGUUCAGCAUGGCUCUGGUCAGAGCCAUGCGCUGGUUUGGUUGGGUGACCCGUGCGUCCCUACACAGCUUCUGUCUGUACUUUGUCGUCACCCAUGCCCAAAUCAUCUACCAGAGUAAAAAACAGGGCAACAUACUCUCUUACCAUAGGCGGAUCUCUUUGGGAAGCAGAGACACCACACGUCGGAAAUCAAAGAUUCUCAAUUUUAUCCCCCAUUACAAUGAUUAAAGGUGGCCAUUUCCAACCGAGGAGGUUCUCAGGGGAGUCCUAGUCCCCCAGUCCACCUUUUUUUUG